AUGGCGGUUUACUCCCAACUGUACAUCUAUGAUCCAGCCUUUUCAUUGUUUUUCCGUGGCGAAAGAAAUCCUCAGUUAAAUAUGAAUGUCCUACAGAAAAUUCAGAAUACUAUGAUCCAAUUCAAUGUUUUUUAUACCAAGUAUCUUCAGGCUUAUGCAAUUUUAGACCAGAUGAGUCCGGCCGACCAGAAUAUCAGAGUUUCACUUCAAUAUAACAAGUCGACUGAUAGUAGGCGUUAUAAUCUUCCGACAACAUAUGAGAUUGCGGUUAUCGUUCCAGAAAAUACUUAUAAGGAGACUGGGGUGCGAGAUAUUAUAUUGCAUUUGAGAGAAAACAAUGGAUUGAAACAAAUUUCGGAGUGUCAUCCGGCAUACUUGCCUUUACAUUAUAUUUUAUUAUUUCCUUUUGGUGAGCUGGGAUGGUCACCAACAAUGAGGCAAUGGGAUGCAGUCACCAAAACCUAUAUGAAAACAAAAUUAUCUCAAAUGGAGUAUUACAGUUACCGCAUAUUUGAACGUGCAGAAGAAUAUUCAACUAUCUUAAGAGCCGGAAAACUAUUUCAAGAGUUCUUAGUUGAUGCAUGGGAUGCUACAGAGAAAAGUAAGUUGGCAUGGCUCAGAUUCAACCAACCAACUCUGCGUUCUGACCUCUACAGUUGCAUUGCAGAUAUGACAAAUGUGGAUUUAAAUCCGGGUGAUAGAGGUAAUCCUGUUAUUUUACCAUCUUCACACAUUGGAAGCGGGAGGAAUAUGUACGAGAUAUACCAGGAUUCGAUGGCUAUUACACGUUUUCAUCAUCAUCCAGAUAUUUUUCUUACAAUGACUGCAAACCCAAAUUGGCCAGAAAUAAAAAAUGCACUUUUACCCAAUCAGAGUGUCACUGAUCGUCCUGAUUUGGUAGCUCGAGUUUUUGAGCUGAAAAGAAAAGCAUUGAUGAAAGAAAUAAAGGGAAAAAAGGUGUUCGGCACGGUGGUCGCCCAUGUUUAUACCAUCGAGAUUCAAAAACGUGGGCUACCACAUAUGCAUGCUCUUAUAUUUUUGAAAGAUUCGGAAAAAAUUCGUACGACAGACAUGGUUGAUAAAUUUGUUUCGGCUGAAUUUCCUAAUGAGAUAAAUGACCCAAUACUGUUUGAUACCGUAAGCAAAUGUAUGGUUCAUGGUCCAUGUGGAGAGCGAGAUCCAUAUGCAGCGUGUAUGGAAAAAGGAAAAUGUACAAAAGGAUAUCCUAAGAAGUACACCGACACAACAACUUUGGAUGAGGGUGGGUAUCCGAGUUAUCGUCGUCGUCGGGAUGGAAUAGAAGUAACUGUCAGAAACAACAAAAAGGCGUAUAAUAUAGAUGUUGUACCCUAUAACCCGCAUCUGUCAAGAAUGUUCAAUUGCCACAUCAAUGUGGAAAUAUGUGCAGGAAUAAGAGAUGUAAAAUAUAUUAACAAAUACAUUUACAAAGGUGGUGACCGAGCUACGAUGGUUUUGGGAGAACAUGACGAGAUUCAACAAUAUAUUGAUGCGAGGUACAUUGGACCACAUGAGGCUGUAUGGAGUUUGAUUGAGUACCACUUGCAUGAAGAAUAUCCUGCUGUACAACGGUUGGCAAUUUAUUUACAGAAUAGGCAACAGUUUGUUUAUAACACAAGGCAAUCAAUGACCUCGGUUAUACGAACAACACAGGAACAUAGGACGACUUUGAUGGGUUAUUUUGAAUAUUAUGCUAAAAAUCCUAAUGCUCCGGCAUAUACUUAUCAACAGUUCCCGCAACACUUUGUAUGGUGUAAAAGGGUUAAACAGUGGAAAAUUAGACAACAAGGAUUUGCAAUUGGAAGAAUGUAUUUUGUUAGCCCUAACGCUGGAGAGUUGUACUACUUACGUAUGUUACUCACAACUGUUAGAGGUGCUAAUUAUUUUGAAGACUUGAAGACUGUAAGUAAUGGAGACGUAGACGAGGUGCACAAUACGUUUCAAGAUGCAUGUAUUGCACUUGGGAUUUUAGCUCAUGAUGGAGAAUCGGAAAAAUGUCUUCAAGAAGCAGUGGUUAUGCAAAUUGGAAAUCAGUUGAGGAAACUAUUUUUUAUUAUCCUAUCGCAAUGUAAUCCAUCAAGACCGGAGGUGUCGUGGGAGAAAUUUGGAAUGAAUAUAUGUGAUGAUCUACCACAUAGAUUGCGAACAAGGUUUAACAUCCAGAAUCCAACAGAUGAACUGGCAAUGGAUUACGGAUUAUACCUGUUGGAUCAACUGCUUCAACGAUCUGGAAAAAAACUAGAAAAAUAUGAAUCAAUGCCGAGACCAAGACAUGAUUGGGGUCAAAUAGUAGGUAACAUAUACAUUUGGGGGAGACAAAGAGCGGCCGGGAUGGGUUGA